CUUUUUUUUUUCGUCUCUUUUCCCUAAACUUGGAACUCGCGUCGUACAUCAAACACGGCGUACUAGCAACAGUGAAGGGUAGAAUCGAGCGAGCGAGCGAGCGUCCGGUCGGUUUGUAAACAGAGUUUUAUUUCGCGCGAGGUGCCAGUAUGGGCUCCCAACAAUUUUGUCUCAAGUGGAAAAGUCACUACAGCAACCUUCUGAGUGCCCUCGACCAGCUACUGUUCAGCGAGUCGCUCACAGAUGUCACACUUGCCUGUGAAGGAUUUAGCCUCAAGGCUCACAAGGCUGUGCUUUCAGCCUGCAGCCCCUUCUUUCAGACCUUAUUUGCAGAGAACAACUGCCAGCACCCAAUUGUCAUCCUCAAAGAUUUCAAAUUCUCUGAACUGAGAGCCAUUGUAGAUUUCAUGUACCAUGGCGAAGUGAAUGUCUCAUGUGAGCAGCUUUCCUCACUGCUGAGAGCUGCGGAGGCACUUCAAGUGAAAGGCCUUACUGACCUGACCAGUGACACUCCUGAACUGGCUGAACAGUUGCCCAGUUUGACUUCCUCAGAGGUGCGAGCAAGUAAUGUAGACUCUGCAAGCGUUGCAUCACCGUCGAAAAGACCACUAAAAUCGCCACCAAGCAGCAAGAGAAAAAGAGUCAGACCUCGACAUGUCGCACCUCGAGAGCAAGAAAGUCAGGUUUCAAGCAAUGAUGAGGCAGAAGAAAACUCAAGUGACGGAGAGCUUUCGCCUAAGCGCAACUCCGAGGCAGUCGCACUGCAGAGAACUACCAGGUCAAGCAAGGGCGGCAGCUCCUGCUCAGUGUUGGAAACCCUGUUAUCCACCAAAGAAAUGAGUGGUAGCUGUGAGCAGAGGCAUAGGCUGCAUGCAUGUCACGAAACUACAGAAGAAGAAAAAGACUUUGAGACAUCACGGCUUCUAGAACAAGCACUGGCAAAGGGUGAUGAGUCUAGUUCAAGUGCUGUCGACAGCAAUUGCCACCAGAAGAUGUUCCCAGCAUCUUCUCAGUUGAGCUUGCUGGCUACAGCAAAAAUGCUGGAGUCUGAUUCUGGGAAACCAGAAGCGGAAGAAGAUGCUUCUGCACUGCUAGCGACACUGGCAGCAUCAGGCGAGAGCUCCAAUUCGGGCAACAGUUCUGGGCAAGGGACUCCUCAUUCCUUAUUUCCUGCGAGAGGUGGUCGCAACUCUGGCUGGACAGAGGAGCAGAUGCAGCGGGCAUUGAGUGCUGUCUUCGCGGAAGGUGUGCCUAUGACAGCUGCUGCAAGGCGCUUUGGCAUCCCCAAGACAACACUGCUUUACCGGCUUCAGAACUCUCUCACCAGGCGCUCACCUAAAACUUGAGGAAUCUUCAGAACAGCCAUUUUCCUGAAACUUCCUAUCUUUCUGUAUGUCAAACCUGUUUGCAUUCAUCUUGCUGUGAAACCGUGCUGAAUUCCAGUGAGGUAGGUGAUGUCAUAUGAGUGUGAUUGUCUAUGAUGACCUUGUUACGUGAAACCAAGAGUAUUUACUCCACUAAGGCCUUUAUCAUCCCACAGUGAAAAAAAAAAAUGAAAAAAUUCAUGAUGUAGCAAUUUACUCAUUGGGAUAGAUCAGCUGUGAGAUUUUUAGAUUGUCCAUUUUAGCUCACAGUUGUCAGGCCAUUGUGCAUGUUUAAAGAUUAGGAGUGAUCCAGAUGUGUUGAGCCCUUGAACGGACUUGUAUGUUCUGACGUCAAGCAGGCAAUACAUAACAUGGAUGUCAUUUUGUAGGCAUAUGCAGGGUCAUUUGAUAACUUCUUUUCAGCUCGCAAAAGUUAUACAAGAGUUUUUGGUACUCUGCCCAAAGUAGGCAUGACAUCAUGCAGCAUCAUUCAGAGGGCUGUAUCUGUUGGUUGGAGGAGGCUCACAUGCAUGCAUAGUGAUGCAAGCUUUGUAAAGUAUUUUACUGUAGUUCUGUAGACAGCUGUCAGUUCUGUAGACAGCUGAAAAAGUGGGGGUUCAGUUGAUGAUCACAAAUAGUUAAGUAAAACCUCGUUAAUACGUACCCACUUAAUAAGUAAUUCCAGUUUAAAUAUAGUCGUGAUGAAUCCCCUGCCUUGUCGCCAUUGAAACUAGUGUAUUGGCUGACCGCCGUAGUCACUUAAUGCAUACCAUUUGGUUAAUGCGUAGUAUUUGCUUCAUUUUUUGGCCCAUACAAUUGUGGAAUCUGCGAAAUAUCAUGCAUGCAGACUAUAGAUAGCAAAAUUGUACCACAUGGACCUUUCCUGGACUGCAGUUGCCACAGAUAGUGACAUCAAGACAUAGUAGCCAUGACAUAUUUCCUGUUCCUAUAGUUUCUAGUGCUUCGAUGUUGUCUUCAUAGAUGACGACAUAGAUUAUGCCCCUUCUGUAUCCAAUGUGGCCAGUGCAUUGACCAUCAUGAGGGCAUUUGCAAAGUGGGGCCUGAUUGAGAAACUGGCGUGUGGCUUUGCUGAGUUUGAGAAUGCCGCUGUUGCUGCAAGGCCGCCAUAGCGGCAAGGGAAAAUAACAGAUUUUUGCUGUCUGCUCUCAAAUAAAACUUGUCUGCGUGUGUGAUUGAGAAUUAACCUGUUUCUUUGACCAAAAAGUCUAGCCGCUUAUCUGCCAUUAUCAGCUAACUAGUAGGUUGCUUAGUGUGUACCUGAUCCACGUUCCCUGCCAACUACGUAUUAACAAUGUUUUACUGUACAGUUCUUUAAAUCCUAAGCUAGAAGCGCACUAAAUGCAAGGAUUUAAAUUCAGUUAUGGUUCUUAGCAAACAUUGAAUCCGUGCCACAUCACAAAAAUUUUUCACUGCUUUUGGCAACUGCAUCUGUUACCUAGUGAAUACCAUGCUCAAGUUACCUUGUAGCGCCCCUUGCCUCAGGCCUGGGUCGCAGGCCACAACUAGCUCCACGUGCAGCGUCCAUCAAAAAGGAGGAAGUCAGGUCCCGGUCGCGCAGCAUGUGCAGUGCGAUAUAGAAAAAUAAAAAGAGCAGUUCAAAACCCAACGCUGCUGAAGCUGGGUCUUUCUUGCAUUAUCUCCGACAGGUUUGGCGACCCGGUAAAGAACGUGCAGCUCCAACCCUCUGGCAUGGAUUCUGCUAGCUCCACUGCUCUUCCUGCCAGUGACGAUGCCCAGGAGGUCACCUGACCUGGCUGUGCUGCAGUGGCCGCGUUUCAACACAUCAACCUGCAACGAUUUUGGCCCAACAGCCCCAACAUCUGGUCGAGCAGGUCGAGCAGGUCGAGGCGCACUUCCGUCUCCAGCAUAUCACCAGUGAACAGACUAAGUUCGUACAUCUGUUGUCCUCCUUACCUCCGGAUGUCACCGAGGACUUAGCAGAUGUUAUCACCUCGGCAGGCUCAGCCCAUCCCUUCAGCACGUUGACGGCGGCUAUCAUUUCCUGCAAGUCAGGGUAUGAGUACAGCAGACUCCAGCAGCUCCGAGUCAUAGCUACGGAGCUCAGGGACUGUCGCCCUUCACAGCUCCUUCGAUGCAAGUGCCAGCUUCUUGGCCGAGACGCUGCCUUUCAAUAGGACAAGCUGCUGCGUGAGUUGUUCCUCCAGCGCCUCCCGCAGAACAUGGUCCCAGUUCUCGCGGCUGCAGGUGAUGUGCCAUUAGACAAGCUCACUGAACUGGCUGACCGAGUUGCGGACUACUUGCGGGCCAUUAGCCUCAGUGCUGUUACGACUCCGCCUCUGGCUACUGCCUCAGCCCCUAUGCUCACAAACAUAGAGGGCCCUCUGGAUACCGUGGUCAGACGUCUCGAAGACCUUGCGCCCUUCCCACGCCGAUCUUCGUCAAGGUUCCGGUUCUACAGUCGUUCCCCGGCACCCCCAUGCUCUCCAGAGUUUCAACCAUCCAACGCGUGAUGUGACAGCUCGUUUUCGGCUGUGUGCUGGUACCACUGUGUAUUCGGCACCUCUGCUCACAAGUGCACCCAUCCAUGCUCCUGGUCAGGAAAUGCUGCGACUGGCCACUGACGGCAAGAAGUGGUACUGGUCGAAGGACAUGCCCCUUAUUUUACGUUUCUGACAAGAUCAGUGGCGCUCGCUUCCUUUUCAACACAGGAGCCAAGGUUAACGUCAUACCCGCCUCUUGUAUAGAUGGCCAUCGCAAAGAACAGACUUGCCCACUCCAAGUGAUAAACGACUCGGCCAUCCACACAUACAGCCAAUGGUCUCGUACAUUUUACUGGAUUUUCAUUCUCGCUGAUGUCUCGCAAGCUGUUCUCGGCGUUGACUUCCCCAGUUUCUUCAUCCUUGCGGUAGACAUGCAUGCUCAUCGCCUCAUCGAUAUAAGCAUGUGUCUCUCCAUCAACGGUCUACUCUGCACUGCCUCAUCGACAGGGCUUUGAGCUCUCGCACCUGCUUUGCUGUACGCAAAAUUUCUCGCUGAUUUUCCCGAUCUUGUGAAGCAGCAUACCAAAGAGUCACCAGUGAAGCACUUGAUCACUCACCACAUCAUGACCACUGGAUCCCCCAUUUUACUCGGCCCCGCCGACUGUCUAGAGACCGCCUCGCCUUCACUCACCAUGAAUUUGAGCACAUGCUUGAACUCGGUAUUGUGCAACCUUCCUCGAGCAACUGGGCAUUGCCACUCCGCAUGGUUCCAAAGAAAGAUCGUGGUGACUGGAGACCAUGUGGGCAUUACCGUGCUCUGAAUGCCCACACCUUACCAGACCGCUAUCCGCUUCCUCACAUACAAGACUUCACAUCGAAUUUGGCUGGGUGCACGAUCUUCUUUAAAAUUGACUUUCUGAAAGCUUAUCAUCAAAUUCCUGUGGAACCUGCUGAUGUUCUGUAGAUGGCCAUUACCACCCCUUUCGGCCUCCUUGAGUAUGUGAGGAUGCCUUUUGGAUUGCGCAAUGCUGCACAGACUUUUCAGCGCACUAUCAAUGAGGUCACGCGAGGUUUCAACUUCAUGUUUGCCUACCUUGAUGAUUUGCUCAUCGCAAGCUCAUCCAGCCCUGAGCAUGAAGCUCACCUGCGCACCCUUUUCCAACGACUUGAUGAUUACAGUCUCGUCACUAAUCCAUACAAGUGCCUCUUUGGUGUCGCUACCAUCGAGUUCUUAGGCCAUCUUGUCAUUCCACAAGGUAUCCGGCCUCUCGCCAGCAAAGUGAAGGCAAUUCAACACUUUCCACCCCCGACUUCACUAAAAAGACUCUGAGAAUUCCUGGGAUUACUGAACUUUCAUCACCGCUUUCUUCCGAAGUGUGCCAAUUUUCUAAAGCCUCUGAUCGACCUACUGGCUAUCAAAAAAGAUCCGGCUGCACCACUUGAGUGGACUGAGGAAGCUACAUCUGCCUUCGCUACUGCCAAGAAGGAGCUGGCAGAUGCCACCAUGCUCAUACACCCCGUUCCUGAUGCCCCAAUUUGUUUCGUCACCGAUGCAUCAAGCGUGGCAGUCGGUACAGUUCUCGAGCAACACAUAUCUGGUUGGCAGCCUCUCUCUUUUUUCUCGCAAGAACUGAAGCCACCUGAAGCUAAAUACAGCACAUUCGGUCAAGGACUCCUUGCAGUGUACCUCGCCAUUAAGCAUUUUCGCCACUUUUUGGAGGGCCAGGACUUUCACGUCAUCACAGACCAUAAGCCCCCUUACGUUUGCCUUCCAUCGGAAUCACAGCAACUAUAUUGCACGGGAGAUCCGCCAACUGUACUUUAUCUCCGAGUUCACAGUGGAUCUCCAUCAUGUGCAUGGGCCGGAAAAUGCUGCCGCUGAUGCACUCUCCCGCAUCGACGCCCUGGCGGACGAACCACCAGUAGACAUGGAGGAGCUAGCAGCCACCCAGCACAAUGACCCUGAGCUGCAUCGCCUUCGUUCCUCAUUCACAUCCCUCUCCUUCACUGAGUGCCUGCUUUCGUUUUCUUCCUCGUUGAUAACGUGGGAGACAUCCACCGGUGUUCCUCGAAUCUUCGGGCCUUUGGCUUUCCGUCUGUGCGAUUUUUGAUCAACUGCACAACAUGAGUCACCCUGGAAUUCGUGCGACCCAGAAGCUAGUCACAACUCGCAUCCUUUGGCCUAGCAUCAAUUCAGACGUCCGUCACAGGGCGCGAACCUGCCUUCAAUGCCAGCAUGUCAAAGUUCACCCCCAUACCGUCCCGUCUAAUUCACAAUUUCGGCCUCCAGGAGCAAGGUUUUCCCACAUUCACCUUGACAUUGCCGGCCCUCUCCUGCCAUCACGUGGGGCCUCUUACUUGCUCACAUGUGUAGACCGCUUCACCUGAUGGCCAGAGGCGUUUCCCAUUACAGACGUUAUGGCAGAGACAGUUGCUACAGCUUUCAUGAGCGGCUGGGUGUCACGUUUCGGAUGCCCUUCUGUCGUCACCACCGACCGAGGCCGCCAGUUUCAGUCGGCCCUAUUCACCACGCUUGCCGACAUCCUGGGCAUUCGACACAUCCAUACAACUGCCUACCAUCCUUCUGUGAAUGGCGUGGUGGAACGACUUCGACAACUGAAGGCUGCCCUCCCCACUUAUCAGCCAAGGGAACACUGGCUCGUCCACCGUCCCUUCAUCCUUCUGGGCACUGAAACACUGAAGGCUGACAAUCAGCACUGAAGGCUGACCUAGAUUGCUCUUCGGCUGAACUUGUCUACGGCGUUCCCCUGCACCUUCCUGGAAAAUUCUUCGUGCCGUUGUCACCACCUUGCGCACAUGAUGCUUCCACCUACAUCCGGAAGCUGCACACCAUGUUUCGUGACCUUGCUUCUGUAAUUCCCGUUGACCGGCACCACUUGGCUGUAUUUGUCAGCCAGGAUCUGGAUUCCUGCAGCCAUGUCUUCGUUCGGUGGGACCACCUGUGUCCCUCACCCCAACCUACGAUGGACCAUUCCGUGUACUCCAUAGUACGCCUAAGACGGUCAUGCUGAGCAUUAACGGUUGUGAAGACAUCAUGGCUGCUGACCAACUCAAACCUACCUAUGUCACCUCUCUUGCGCCCGCGAUCCCUCCAUUCAACCUGGCUUCGAUUCCUUCAUCACUCCUGGCGGUCACAUCUAGGCACGUACACUGGGCGGCUCCUCUGGCUUCUGCUCUAGGGGGGGAGGGAAGCCCUGUAGCGCCCCUUGCCUCAGGCUCGGCCCGCAGGCCACAACUCGCUCUGUCUUCCUCGCAUUAGCUCCGACAACCUGUUUGGGCAUCUUUAUACACCCUCUUGUUGUGCCUGAGUAAGCCGUGCAACAGUUCUUUCCCGAGAUGAUUCUUGAUCGUGAACCCCCCUUUAUUAGUCAUGACAAAGUGUAUACAGAAGUUGGUUAAGCAAAAAUUCUCUGGCACCUUUUUUUUUGUAUGUAUGACGCCAGUGCCUACUUUUAGGAGAUUGACAUCAGUUUUGAUGGAAUGCUGGUGCAUGUCAUUAGGCGAGCCCAGCAAAAACCAAUCAGCAAGUGCUCUCUUCCCCUCCGAACUCACAUGCCCAUGUGCGUCCCUGUCCUCCAGCAAGAUGUCUGACCACUGGUGCCUAACCAUGCAGCACGGUAGCCAAAGAAAGCUAUUCGCUUUAGAACCUCCAGUACACAGUAGGUGACAAUGCCAAAAAUUCUCAGAAAUCAAAAGGCUGAAGGGUGAGAGCUGUUGGGCAUAUGUGUGGUCACUGUUAACAGUAACUGAAUUGAAAUUUUUACAUUUAGUGCACUUGAAGCAGUUUUGGUUUUAAGGUUUGUACUGUCUGGGGCUGAUUGAAAUAAGACUCUCUUACUGACAGCUAGAAUCCACUGAAUGGUGCUAUGCGGUGUCACGGCUGGCAUGCCAAACAUUGCCAAACAAUGCCAAACAGGCAUUGGAUGGCAUGCCAAACUCUUAGUUUUUUUCACCAGAAAAUAAAAGUAGGCAUGAAAGAACUCUGAAAUCUUAGUUUAAGAGGGAAACAAAUGAAGCAUGGGUCUUUGCUUUGUUGAGUCUGAUGUAUUGCCAGAUGCUGCCUUGAAGUUUUGCAGCUGUGUCGAUAGAGAUAUUUAUGGGAGAAAUUUUUACGAGGCUUCAAUUUGUCACAAAUUCAUAGUUAAAUGUUUUCAGUCACAUUGCUACAUUCAGCAUUCGUUGCAAGGUGCCACAAAUUGUACUCGUGAAGUAAGUUUAGUCAAGCACAUCUUUAUCAGACUUGAAUAUGCAGAAAUGAUCACUAGCGAAGUCUACUAUAGUCAGCAUCAUUGUUUACCCACUUCAAACUGACAUUGCCUAAAGUAUUUAAUAUGGUAGAGCAUUGUUUCCAUAGCUCUUCGUUCACUGAGAGGUGUUCAGAAACCUUUUCACUUUAUUGAUUGUCUGGUGGCUGCACCUAAGCAGCCUUGAAACUUGAGCACUGGUGUGUGGAUUGCAUUGCAAGUGUUCUAUGUAGGUACAGGAGCACUCCUUGCUUUGUGUGUGCAUACCAAUCAACUUUUGUGGUGAGUUUGUAUGCUCAAACUUAUAAAAAAUUGGGUCAUGUUGUAAGCAUAAACAAUUUGUGAGAGGAAGAAACCUGCAGAGGUGGCCUUGUACAAAGGGUGCAUUGCACGUGAAAACUCGAAAUGGUUCUUAAAGGCCUAGAGGCUUUAUUGCUACUCAUUUCAUGGGUCCGACCCAACCAUCAAGCUGAGCAAUUUACUUUUCACAUCUCGAGGAGGUAAGGUUAAUAUGAGGUUGGGGGCUGCAUUGCGUAACAUGCAUUUUGUUUUGAUUUCUUGCUACCAUUUGUCAUUGGCGGAGAUGCUGCCGUGCCGUCAUCAUCAUCAUUAUAAUCAGCCACUCAUUGUGACAAAUGAUGAAAGAAGGAAAAACUAAAUAGAUUGUUAUGAAAUACGGUUCCAUA